AUGAGUCAGGAUCCUGCGGACCAGAAUAUCCAGAUGUGGAAAAUCAAGAAGCUCAUCAAGAGCCUUGAUGCAGCGAGAGGAGCUGGAACAUCUAUGAUCAGUCUGAUCGUCCCACCAAAGGACCAAAUCUCUCGUAUAUCGGCGAUGUUGACACAAGAAUACGGUACUGCGUCGAAUAUCAAGUCGCGAGUCAACAGAUUGUCUGUGCUCGCAGCCAUUACGAGUACGCAACAGCGUCUGAAGCUGUACAACCGUGUACCACCAAAUGGUCUCGUGCUCUUUGUUGGUACGAUCUUGACGGACGAGGGGAAGGAAAAGAAGGUCUCUUUCGACUUUGAGCCUCACAAGCCCAUCAACACAUCACUAUACCUCUGUGACAACAAGUUCCACACUGAGGCACUCCAGGAGCUGCUCGAGUCCGACUCCAAGUUCGGCUUCAUCGUCAUGGACGGAAACGGCACGCUCUUCGGUACCGUUGCGGGGAACACGCGCGAGGUCAUUCACAAAUUCACCGUCGACCUCCCAAAGAAGCACGGUCGUGGUGGACAGUCCGCGCUGCGUUUCGCGCGUCUCCGUGACGAGAAGCGGCACAACUACGUCCGCAAGGUCGCCGAGCACGCCGUCCAGCACUUCAUCACGAACGACAAGGUGAACGUGACGGGCUUGGUCCUCGCGGGUAGCGCGGAUUUCAAGACGGAGCUCAGCCAGAGUGACAUGUUCGACCUGAGAUUGGCUGCGAAGGUCCUCAAGGUCGUCGAUGUCAGUUACGGCGGCGAGAACGGGUUCAACCAGGCAAUCGAACUUGCUGCCGAGUCUCUCGCGAACGUGAAAUUUGUGCAGGAGAAGAAGCUUAUCCAGAAAUACUUCGACGAGAUUAGUCAGGACACGGGCAAGUACUGCUUCGGUGUGGAUGACACCCUGAAGGCCCUCGACCUCGGCGCUGUCGAGACGCUCAUUGUCUGGGAGAACCUCGACAUCACUCGCUACAUCCUCCGAAACGCCGCUGGUGAGGAGAUAAUCGUCCACGCCAGCAAGGAGCAAGAGAAGGACCGCGAAAAGUUUACGGACAAGUCAACGGCACUGGAGAUGGAGCAGGUCUGCGAGCCGCAGUCGCUGCUCGAGUGGUUCGCGGAGAAGUACCGCGAGUUCGGCGCGAACCUCGAGUUCGUCACGAACCGCUCGCAGGAGGGCGCGCAGUUCGUCAAGGGUUUCGGCGGCAUCGGCGGGCUCCUCAGGUACAAGGUCGACUUCACGAACCUCCAGACGGUUGACGAUGAGGAUGAGGACGAGUUCCUGAGCGACGACGAGAAUCUCUGA